AAAAUCAAAAUUAAACUUGACCUGCCCUGUGAACUGCAGCUCCCACAAGUGUUACUCCUGGUUGUUGUCAUGGAUAAGCUGCCCUCUCAGCCGGAGGAUGUGCAGACCCUGUGGUGCAAAGAAACUAUAACUAGAAUGUCUGUACUCAAAGCCAUUUUUUACAAUAUUGAGCAGUGUUCUUGUGAACUCUCUCUGCCUACUCACUUACAAAGAGUAAAGAGUAAAGGACAAGCUGAGGUGCCUGUCACUUUGUAUCAGCAUGUUUGUGUUCAUAUGUGUGCAUUUGUGGCUUCUUUUCAUCCCUCGUUGUUCCCUGAGCUGGAUGCUGCUCUAUUGAAUGCUGUGCUUAGUACAAAUAUGAGUACCUCUUUGUUCGCGAUGGAUGCGUGGUGCUUCCUUGCUUGAUAUAGAUCUGCUGAACUUGGCGCACACCAUGUUACCUUAGUGGCUCAUCUGAUUAAAUCUUGCCCUGGAAAAUGUAUUCAGUUUACCAACCUAUCCAUACUGUUGAAGUGUCUAUUUUUCUUCAUGGCCCCACCCAAUCAGGUAGAAUUUAUCCAGAAAUCUUCUCCAAAAGAAGCAGACAACUUGAAUUUGUGGCAGUAUAUUUCCUUCCAGGCAUUGUCUGCUGAUCUCAGGAAGCAAGUGGCAUGUGAAAUGGUCGGAGUAUGCACAGUGCGGUGCAGGAAGUGGCUGAGCAACAGUCAUACUUUAGCAGAACUUGACUCUCUGAACAUAGCACUUUCUGUUUUGCUUACUGUAUGCAGUUCUGCUGGAGAAGCUUUGGAUAGUAGACAACUAACUGCAGUUACUGAAGUUGUGGGCCAGCUUUGGGCUUUUAUAAACAUUGAACAAAUAAUCAGUCAACCCUGUGUUCAGCAGGCAUUUAGCCUUUUACGUCAGCUGCUGCCAAUUUUCAACCAAACUGUAGAUCUGCAGCUGAUAAAUCAGGUUGUAAAUGUCCUGAACUCGGUAAUUAAACUAGAGCCUCCUGACCACGUCUCUCUGGCAGUGCUGGGUUUUAUAUCUUCUCUGGGCAAACUUUAUAUAUCUCAAACUAUCCGGGACAAGGUGCUGCCCAACUUGUCUUGUAUUCUUGCUUCACUGUUAGUCAACAAGAAUUGGUUGCUGGAGCAGCAUACUUGGGAGGCAUUUACUCGGUUUGCUGAGGGAACAGAGCAUGAAGAGAUAGUUCCACAGUGUCUCAGUUCUGAAGAAAUCAAGAAAAAAGUUGUAUGCUUUUUGGAGAAGACAGCAUCUGUACAUGAAACUGAGGCUGCCACAGUAGAUAAUGUGAAACAGGAGAGAGGCACUUUCUGGGAACCUGUUGCUAAGGUGACUGUAGAAGAAGCAAAGGAGUUGGCUUUUCAGCCUGCACAGAGAGCCCGUCAGGAGUCGCUCUUUGAAGCAGAAUACAGAUCAAUAUUCCAAGCUGCAGAAAGGGCUUUGGAGACAACUGAGUUUUUACUCAAACGCUCUCUUGCUCCAGCCUGGUUGCUGCCAGAACUGGGGGCACUGCAAGAAAGGAUUGAGAAGCUAAAAUGCUGUGUGCUUAGAGGGUAAACUAUGAAUGGACUGUGUAUUGGACAGAACUGG